AUGGAGAGUUCAACCGAUUCCACCAGCACCCGGGUGCAAUACCAGGGCAAAGAAUACAAUGUGAUCAAGGAGGGAUUGGCCCAUAUAUUAAAUCCCCCGGCGCAGGAAGCCGCGUCCAAGGGAACGAAGAAAGACCUGAAGGGCGACGACGAGUCUCAGGCUGUCUUCUACAACCCAAUUCAGCAAUUCAACCGGGAUCUUAGUGUCCUGGCAAUUCGUGCCUUUGGUGAACAUGCGAUGGAUCUGAAGGAGCAGAAAGAGGCUCAGAAGAAGAAGCGCAAGGCAGAGAAUGGGGCCGACAAUGCCAAAAAGCGGAAGCGCGAGGACGAUGCGGAAGAACCAGCUUCCAAAAGGGUGGAGGAAGGGAAGGAAGAAAAGUCAGAGGCCACGGUAGAGCAACCAGGCUUUGUGCCAGAAGAGAAGCAGCAGGCGCCAUCUGAUGCACCCUCCCAACCGUCGUUUGCCGUCUUGGACGCUCUGUCUGCGACAGGCCUGCGAGCUCUUCGGUAUGCCUCGGAGCUUCCAAUGGUCUCCAAGGUGGUCGCUAAUGACCUGUCACCCUCUGCAAUCAACUCAAUGAAGACAAACAUCGAGUACAAUAAGCUCGAAACCCGCAUCACACCCAACCUCGGCGAUGCACGAGCAUAUAUGUACGGACUAUCCUCGGUCCAGAAAUUUGAUGUCAUUGAUUUGGAUCCGUAUGGCACUGCCGCACCAUUUUUGGACGCUGCAGUACAGGGUGUCAAGGAUGGUGGUCUGCUCUGCGUAACCUGCACUGAUGCUAGUAUCUGGGCCUCGACUGGUUAUGCAGAGAAGUCAUUUUCCUUGUAUGGCGGCAUGCCCAUGAAAGGCUCUCACUCGCACGAGGGUGGGCUACGACUGAUCCUCAACAGUCUGGCUAUGUCGGCUGGCAAGUAUGGCAUGGCAAUUGAACCCCUGCUUUCGCUUUCGAUCGAUUUCUACGCUCGUGUGUUUGUGCGCGUGUAUCGCUCCCCAGCGCAGGUGAAGUUCCUUGGUGCUAACUCGAUGCUCGUUUACAACUGUGAUUCGGGCUGUGGUGCCUGGUCGACCCAGCCAUUGGCCGCACUAAAACAGAAGCUCAACCGCAAGGGCAACGCCCUGCACCACCAUGGGCUGGCUCAGGGGCCUACCGCCAAUACGCACUGCGAGCACUGUGGCUUCAAGACUCAUCUUGCUGGCCCCAUGUGGGCGGGCCCGCUGCAUAACCCACAUUUCAUUCAGAAGAUCCUGGCAACCCUUCCGGGACUUGAUCCUCUUACUUAUCAAACCAUCCCUCGAAUUGAAGGUAUGCUGACCACGGCCCUGGAGGAGGACCUGGACCUUACCCUAUGUGGCUCCUCUAAGUCGGAGGCCACCGAAACAAAGGGUGAGGCUACCGAGUACCCAGCCAUCAUCCCACGGAUGGAUCCGACUCGUCAGGACCCAUACCCUUUCUACAUGACCCUCGGUAGCCUUUCAAAAGUUUUGCAUUGUUCCACUGCUCCAAUCGAUGAAUUCCGUGGGGCUCUUCAUUCCAUCGGUUACCGCUCCACUCGCAGUCAUGCCAAGCCUAACUCAGUUCGCACCGAUGCCCCUUGGAGUGUCAUCUGGGAGGUCAUGCGCGAGUGGAUUCGUCAAGAGAGUCCUAUCAAGGAAGGAUCCCUGAAACCGGGCACUCCUGGUGCCGCAAUCAUGGCCAAGAGUCGUGAUAACCUCCGUAAGCUCGACGAUGGGGAUCAGUGGCUAUCUCUUCUGAAGCGAGAUAUUCUCUCGGCCGUGGAGUCUGGCCGUGAUGUCAGUGACCUGGUUACCAAGGUAGAGGCUUCUCUAUAUCGAUCUGGCUCUCGACAAGCCUGGAAGCAAACGGCGGAGACUUCACAGGCCAUUCCUCGAGCUGAACCUGAGCCAGUAGCUGCCUCAGAGAAGGAAAAGCCUGCCACUCAGAUUUCCGAGCGCCCUCAUCCCAGCACUCUCAACGUCAAAUUCGAUCCCGCCCUGGGUCGUGAAGCCUCAGCUGCGCACUCGAAAAAGCGUCUGGUCCGGUAUCAGAUCAAUCCCCGCGCGAACUGGGGACCGCUGAACCGGGCAUCAGUGACCAACUGA